AUCCAAACUAGAGGAGUCCCUCCCUCAAGAUAGCCUUAUCCCACCAAACCAACCCCUUCCCCACCCUUAAACCUACUCCUUUUCUCUUCUCCACAGCCCCCAGCAGCUACCUCUCUCUCUCUCUCUCUCUAUAUCCACUCCUCCAUCUUCUCCCCCCGUCCUAUCGUGCUUCCAACAAAAUCUGAAUUCCCUGUUCCUCAAGAACAAGCUAUCCAUUCCAAUUCGUUCGCGAUGCUUUUCUCUCGCAGGAAGUCGUCCUCCCUUUUCACGCCGGAGCCGUUCAUGAUGAAGCAAGCGGCGUUUAAUGGACGGAAGAACGGCAACCUGUCGAUCUUCGUUGUCGUCUUCUCGGUCUUCCUCUUCGCCUUGUUCAUGUACAACGAGGACGUCAAGUCCAUCGCCGAGUUCCCUUUCUCCUCCAGAAGCAGAGCCAAGUCCCAGGAGGUCUCCCACCAGCACCAAGACCCCUCUUCCGGCCAACAAGAAGGCAAGCCCAAGGGCACGGAGAGCUCGACUACGGAGGUGGAAACCCGCCAAGACGGGGGAGAGGAGAGGCGCCGUACCAAGGUGGUUUUCGCGGACGAGGACGGCCCUGCAGGGGUGCGGCUGCCGGUUAUCAAGGAGGUGGAGGAGGCGGCCCACGAGGAGCGAGCGGCCGGGCCCAAGGAGAAGAUUAAAGAAGAGGAGAAGUUGGGAGAGAAGGAGGUGGAGGAGGAUCGGACGGUUGUGGUGGAGAGGACGGUGGUGAGCGUACCGGAAGGGUGCGAUCUGUUCACCGGCCAGUGGGUGUACGACAACGUGACGCGCCCAAUUUACAAGGAGCAUGAGUGCGAGUUCCUCACGGAGCAAGUUACGUGCAUGAGGAAUGGCAGGAAGGACGAUUCCUUCCAGAAGUGGAGGUGGCAGCCUCGGGAUUGCAACCUGCCUCGGUUUGAUGCGAGGAUAUUCAUGGAGAGGCUAAGAGGGAAGAGGCUGAUGUUUGUGGGGGACUCGUUGAACCGGAACCAGUGGGAGUCCAUGGUGUGCCUGGUCCAGUCCGCAGCUCCUCCGGGCAAGAAGACGCUUGUCAAGAACGGCUCGCUCAAUGUCUUCCGACUCCAGAUUGAAAUUGUUUGGAAUGCGAAGGAGUAUAAUGCAACGGUGGAGUUCUACUGGGCGCCGUUCCUGGUGGAAUCGAACUCGGACGAUCCAAACCUGCACAGCAUUCAGAACCGCAUCAUCAUGCCGGAAUCGAUCAAGAAGCACGGGAAGAACUGGAAGGGAGUGGACUACCUCAUCUUCAAUACCUACAUCUGGUGGAUGAACACCUUCAAUAUGAAAGUCCUGCGAGGAUCUUUCGAUGAGGGAGCAACAGAGUAUGACGAGAUGGACCGGCCGAAAACCUACAGAAGGGUCCUGAAGACAUGGGCUAAGUGGGUGGAAAAGAAUGUGGAUCCCAAGCGAACGAUGGUGUUCUUCAUGAGCAUGUCUCCUAACCAUAUCAAGAGCGAGGAGUGGGACAACCCAAACGGGAUAAAGUGUGCACAGGAGACGGAGCCGGUGAUGAGCCUUCCGCACGCGCUGGACGUAGGGACUGACUGGCGGCUAUUCGACGUGGCGGUAAACGUGACGAGGUCCAUGAGGAAGGUGCCCGUCUGGUUCCUCAGCAUCACCGCGCUGUCGGAGCUCCGGAAGGACGCGCACACCUCCGUCCACACGCUGCGGCAGGGGAAGCUGCUGACGCGGGAGCAGCAGGCGGACCCGGCCAACUACGCCGACUGCAUCCACUGGUGCCUCCCGGGCCUCCCGGACGUCUGGAACGAGUUCCUCUACGCUCGCAUCGCCUCCAGCCCUUGGAGCAUCUGAUCGAUGAUGCCUCCUUUUUGUUGUUACACUUCCUCUUUUUUUUUCUUGGUAACCCUUGAUGAUUUUAUUUUUUAAAUGCUUGUAUUUUUUGGGAUCAUCUGGGGGUGGCGUGGCAGACAGCGAAAGGGAUGAAAGAGAGAGAGCAUCAUUCUUAGGACAUUGGGAAAGAGAUGCAGAGGACUUGUUGAGUUGAUGGUUGCCACCGCCAUGGCGGUUGUUGUGAUACAUGGCUUCCUCCAAUUGUAUAUUUCAUUUGCAAAUGGAGAGGAGAAUAAGUACAAACUAAAAAAAAGUUUUUUUUAAAAAA